GUAAAUUUCCGUAGGACAUUUUCUUUCGUGAAUAAAAUUUAUUUAUUAAAUAUUAUGUGUGAUUGUAUAGUACUUAUAGAUUCAUUUAAUGAAACUUUUUAUAAUUUUAAGAAUGGCUGACCAAAAAUUUCUAUCAUCUGAAGAGAUCAUCGCUUUGGAGGAAAAAUAUGGAUGCAGGAAUUAUUCUCCUGUUCCAGUUGCGCUGUCGAGAGGCGAGGGUGUGUUUGUAUGGGAUGUGGAAGGAAAGAAAUAUUACGAUUUCUUAAGCGCAUACUCGGCCGUAAACCAAGGGCAUUGUCACCCCCGUAUAGUCGAAGCCCUUAAGAAACAGGCAGACCAGCUCACCCUCGUAUCCAGGGCGUUCUACUCGGAUCGAUUGGGCAAAUAUGAGAAAUUCAUGACCUCCCUUUUGGGGUACGACCGUUUGCUACCAAUGAACACUGGUGUGGAAGGUGGCGAAAGUGCCUGCAAGAUCGCGCGGAAAUGGGGUUACGACGUCAAGAAAAUUCCUUAUGGACAGGCAAAGAUAAUUUUCGCGGACGGCAACUUUUGGGGGCGAACACUUUCCGCGAUAUCCUCGUCUACGGAUCCCUCCUGUUACCAGGGAUUUGCACCUCACAUGCCUGGCUUCAAGACCGUGCCCUAUAACGACAUACCUGCGCUAGAGAAAGAGCUGCAAGAUCCCACAGUAGCUGCCUUUAUGGUGGAGCCCAUACAGGGUGAGGCAGGUGUGGUCAUACCAGACGUUGGAUAUCUGAGGAAAGUCCGUGAACUUUGUACCAAAUACAAUGUCCUGUGGAUAUCAGAUGAAGUACAAACGGGGCUAGGUCGUACGGGCAAGUUACUGGCAUCGCAGCAUGAGGGAGUGAAACCAGACAUUGUCAUCUUGGGAAAAGCACUCAGCGGAGGUGUAUUCCCUGUGUCAGCGGUGUUGGCUAAUAAUGAAGUUAUGAAUGUAAUCACGCCCGGUACUCACGGAUCAACGUACGGUGGAAACCCAUUGGCAUGUGCUGUCGCAACAGAAGCCAUUAAUGUUUUAUUAGACGAAAAACUAUCGGAGAGAGCGGCGCAGUUAGAAGGCGUGCUACGCGAGGAGUUGGAGAAGAUCCCGAAGGACAAAGUCACCGAAGUGCGGGGUAGGGGCCUCAUGUUCGCAAUGGUUGUCCAUGACAGCAUUUCAGCAUACGACGUAGUCCUUCGGCUCCGCGAUGCAGGACUGUUAACGAAGACGACGCACGGUCAGGUGAUCCGUCUCGCCCCACCACUAGUCAUCACCGAGGACCAGUUGCGUGACGGAGCCAGCAUCAUCCGAAAGGUUUUCCAGAGCUUCAACAAAUAAACCACCCUUCCGCGCGGCGGAGCUACCUCUUUCCCUUUAGCCAAAAUGUAGUUCUGCAAUCGCUUUCGACAUAAGUAGAGCAACGUCGGAAUAUUGUGAUUCCCAUAACAAUAUUUAAAGCUAAACGUCAAUUCCAAAGAGUGAACGAGACGAAAUCAACGCGCCUGUCAGUGAGAUAGGGA